AUGGCUCCUGCUCUUCAUCUGAUCUUUCUGCUCAUCAUUCACAUGGUUUCUAGUGCUGAGUGGGCUGUGAAUUACAGUCAUACACACAUCUGCGCACUGAAGAACUCAUCAGUGAUAUUGAGUUGCACUUAUACAUACCCUACUGGACAUCAGAUCAUUAAGGUGUUCUGGACCAAAGACAAUGUAAAAGGGAAAGAGCCAAUAGAUCUGUCUAAGGACCCUGAAUACAGUCAGAGGCUUCAGUAUCUGGGGGAUGAACAGCAGAACUGCACCGUCAGACUGAGUCAUGUGACAAAGAAAGAUGAACAUGAGUAUCAUUUCAGAUUCACUACUAAUGUAACCAAAGGAAGUUGGACUGGCUCUCCAGGAGUGCGUCUCUCUGUCACAGAUCUUCAGCUGGAGUCUCCUGAGAGAGUGACAGAGGGAGAUUCAGUCCGUCUGACAUGUAAAAGCAGCUGUAAACUGACUGACACACCAACAUUCAUCUGGUACAGAAACUCACACACAUUGACUAUUGGAGAUGAACUCAACAUCAGUUCAGUCAGAAGAGAAGAUGCAGGCAGAUAUAGAUGUGCUGUACACACACUCACAUCACCUGAGGUCUAUCUCAAUGUUAUAUACCCACCCAGGAGUGUCUCAGUGUCCAUCAGUAAAUCUGUUGUAAUAAUUGAGGGAGAUUCAGUGACUCUGAGCUGCAGCAGUGACUCAAACAAUCCUGCUCUGAAGUUCAGCUGGUUUAAAGUAAAAUCACUUGUAGGAUCUGGAAGAAUCUUCAACAUCUCCAAGAUCAGCUCUGAUGACAGUGAAAAAUACAAGUGCAAGGUCAAAAGUGCACAUGUAGUGAAAUACUCUGAUCCUGUGAUUUUAAAUGUCCAGUAUCCUCCCAGGAACGUCUCAGUGUCCGUCAUUGAUGAUUCUGGUCAGCUUUGGUUUGAUUCAGCGAGUCUGAUGUGCAUCAGUGACUCAAACCCUCCUGCUCUGAACUUCAGCUGGUUUAAGGAGAAUCAAAGCUCAGCUGUUGGAUCUGGACAGAGUUUCAGUGCAGUACAGAGUGGACGCUUCUACUGUGAGGCUCACAAUCCACAUGGAGUUCAGAGAUCAGACACUGUCACUGUUCAUCAAGGCUCUGGGAGAAAUGCUACUGUGAUCACAGUGACAUCUGCAGCAUUAUUAAUCAUAAUCUUCAUCAUCAUCCUGUGUAUAAUAAAGAAACAAAGGAGUGUUAAAUCUGAAGGUCUCACAGUGACGCAGAAUGAUCUGUAUUCUGACCCUGGAUCAGCAGGUGACGCUCUGUAUGCCAGUGUGAAUCCCAGAAGAGGAAGAGCUGCUGAAUGCAGAGAUGCUGAGGAGAUCCAGUACGCCACUGUCCAAUAUCACAAAAACACACAGAUGAAGAGAGAGGAAGAAGAGGAGCAGCGUCAGUGUGACAUCAAACCAGUUCAGCAGCCUGAUCAAGACCACAGCCGAUCAAAUGCUGAAACAGUGCAAAACUCAGUGAUCUACAGCAGCGUCAGAUGAAAGAUCCACAAACAUCUCUGGGUCUCAAGCCGAUCUCUGGGCCUAGCAGAGCACUUUUUGCUUAGCUUAGCAUAGAUCUUUGAAUCGAAUUAGACCAUUAGCAUCUCGCUCAAAUACUUGCUCAUCUGUACUGUUGUGACAGUCAUAACUAUUUUAGCUGCUUUUUUAUAUACUUAUUAUUAUUUACACCAAUGGAUACGAUAAAUACAUUGUACUGUAUGGUUGGAAUUGUAUUUUCUUGACUGUGAAUCAUAUUCUUUUAGUAUUUUGU